AUGGGAAGUGGAAUGAGUUCAGAGAGCAAGGAAUCAGCCAAAAGGUCCAAAGAACUGGAAAAGAAGCUUCAGGAAGAUGCUGAACGGGAUGCAAGAACUGUGAAGUUGCUGCUACUAGGAGCAGGUGAAUCUGGGAAAAGUACUAUUGUCAAACAAAUGAAUGGCCAUUUAAGUUGCUAUGCUGUUUCAGAAGCACCUGUGUGCUACCGUCCGGAAUGUCAGAACACCAUAGUUUCCUCGUCCUAUACAGAUCAGACUUUUGUCUCAACUGAAGAGGACCAACAACAACUUCACUCAAUGGCAAAUACACUAGAAGAUGGUGCUAUGACUCCUCAGCUGGCUGAAAUCAUUAAACGACUGUGGGGGGAUCCAGGAAUCCAAGCCUGCUUUGAAAGGGCUUCUGAAUACCAGCUCAACGACUCUGCAGCUUACUACCUUAAUGACUUAGACAGACUCACAGCCCCUGGGUAUGUGCCAAAUGAGCAAGACGUUCUACAUUCCCGGGUGAAAACCACUGGUAUCAUUGAAACUCAAUUCUCCUUUAAAGACUUGAACUUCAGAAUGUUUGAUGUAGGUGGCCAGAGAUCAGAGAGAAAGAAAUGGAUCCACUGCUUUGAAGGAGUCACGUGCAUUAUAUUUUGUGCAGCGCUAAGUGCCUAUGACAUGGUGCUUGUAGAAGAUGAAGAGGUGAACAGAAUGCAUGAAAGUCUUCACCUGUUCAAUAGCAUCUGUAAUCACAAGUAUUUUGCAACUACCUCCAUUGUUCUGUUUCUUAACAAGAAAGAUCUUUUCCAGGAGAAAGUGACUAAGGUGCACCUCAGCAUCUGCUUUCCAGAAUAUACUGGACCAAACACAUUUGAAGAUGCAGGGAACUACAUCAAGAACCAGUUUCUAGACCUGAACUUAAAAAAAGAAGAUAAGGAAAUCUAUUCUCACAUGACCUGUGCUACUGACACACAAAACGUCAAAUUCGUGUUUGAUGCAGUGACAGAUAUAAUAAUAAAAGAGAACCUCAAAGACUGUGGGCUCUUCUGA